UGAAAAGGCCCAAGAGCAAAAGAGCAAAGCGAAAAAAGAACUUGCUUAAACCCUGUUGAGUAGCAAUGGCGGAUGUUCAGAGAAGGGGAAGACCAUUACCUCCUCCACCACCGAGAGGCCCGCUUGGUCCACCUCCCGCUAGACUUGCUCCCCGCCUUCAACCAGUCGAUCGUGAAAAGACUUGUCCUCUGUUGCUUCGUGUUUUCACUAAGAUUGGAGGCCAUCACAGUGACAAUGAGUUUGCGGUGAGAGGCAAGGAACCCAAAGAUGAGGUCCAAAUCUAUACAUGGAUGGAUGCUACUCUGCGUGAAUUAACUGAUUUGGUUAAAGAGGUAGCUCCAGAAGCAAGACGAAGAGAUGCAACUUUGUCCUUUGCUUUUGUCUAUCCUGAUAAAAGGGGCCAAUUUGUCGUUAGAGAGGUGGGGAGAACGUUUUCUUAUCCAAAUAUGAGGCGACCAGAUAGUGGCAGCAAAACUUUGAGUGAACUUAAAUUUCAGAUAGGAGAUUACUUGGAUGUGGCUAUCCUGUUCCAGUGAUCUGUUAUGGCACCUCUGUCGGGAUUAGAAUUAUGCAAAACUUGUAUUGCUUUAUGUUCUUCAUACUUAUACAUAUCUGUAAUUUUCUUGAUAAUCUGAGCUCUAAUGUUCAUUUUCGCUGUGAGAUUGCCUCCAGAGUGCUCUAUGACCAGUUACGUUCGUAGGCAAUUGAUUUAACUGGGCUCUUCUUAGAGCCAACUCCAUUGUUACGUUGCUGUCAGCACUUAUAUGAUUCUUUGUGGUUUCAUUUUC